AUGAAUGCCAGUCUGUAUGGGAGUUGGGGUUUAGGAGAGACGUUCCCGAGGCCAUCGCUCUUUGGUUACGUUAUACGUGUCUCAUGGCAUUGGCUUACAAUCAGUGUUUUGUUCUUUUUGAAAAAAGAGUACACAUGCAAAAUGAUCACCAUCCACCCCCGCGGCGACAUCGGCGUUACGUGGUGUGCCGCUGCCAUAUCAUUGGCGGUGGUGACAGCAACAACGUUGGCUGGCAAUAGUGCCGUUUUAUUUGCACUGAGGAGGGUGAGGCGAGCACCCGCGCACUACCCACUCGCUAGUUUGGCGACCGCAGACCUAUUGGUUGGCGCGUUCGUGCUGCCGAUUGCCGCCGCCAGAGAGCUCUUCGUGUUCCAUUUGAGUCAGUAUCAUUGGCUGAUAUGCUCCUGCUGGAGUACUCUUGACGUUUUGUGCUGUACCGCUUCCAUAUUGUCUCUAUGUGCACUGGGUUGGGAGCGGUGGUGUGGUAUAACUGCACCUCUGUCGAGGGCCCGUCGUGCCCGCCAAGCCAGACUGUACGCAGUUCUGGUGUGGCCAGUCUCAACUGUGGUGGCGAUGCCAACUGCUUUCAUACCAUCACCGAAGCAUUUCCACCCGGAUUCGCUGUGCAAAUGUGUCGUGGAUGUCGGCUGGCUUCUGUGUACAUGGCUUGGAUAUACAAACUCGGCACUAAACCCGCUCGUGUACGCGGCUGCAUCGCCCACUGUACGGCGAGCCUUACACUCCUCCCUGACCACAUCUAGUUCAACGCGACACACUGAUAUACAACUAUCACCUUGUGUACGGAGACCCGGAUUUGGUGAGUUGCACAGAACGAGAUAUUUAUGA